GGCGGUCUCCGGGGGCUGUUGCUAGGUAGGGUAAGAUGGCGGCUCUGGACCGGGUCAAGGUGCUGGUGCUGGGCGACUCCGGCGUCGGGAAAUCUUCGCUCGUUCACCUCCUGUGCCAAAACCAGGUGUUGGGAAACCCGUCCUGGACAGUGGGCUGCUCGGUGGAUGUUCGAAUCCAUGACUACAAAGAAGGGACUCCAGAAGAGAAGACAUACUACAUUGAGCUGUGGGAUGUUGGAGGCUCAGUGGGUAGUGCCACUAGCGUGAAAAGCACACGAGCAGUAUUUUAUAACAUGCUGAAUGGGAUCAUUUUAGUGCAUGACUUAACCAAUAAGAAAUCAUCCCAGAAUUUAUAUCGCUGGUCUUUGGAAGCACUCAACAGAGAUGUGGCUCCAACAGGAGUUCUCGUGACAAACGGUGACUAUGACCGUGAACAGUUUGCUGAUAACCAGAUUCCACUGCUGGUAAUAGGAACAAAGCUGGAUCAGAUCCCAGAAACUAAGCGGAAUGAAGUUUUGACCAGAACGGCUUUCUUGGCUGAGGAUUUCAAUGCUGAAGAGAUAAAUUUGGAUUGCACCAAUCCUCGUUACCUGGCUGCAGGUUCAUCCAAUGCUGUCAAGCUAAGCAGGUUUUUUGAUAAGGUCAUAGAGAAGAGAUACUUCUUAAGAGAUGGCAAUCAGAUUCCUGGCUUCUCUGAAAGGAAAAGGUUUGGAGGGGGAACGCUGAAGAGCCUUCAUUAUGACUGAAUGCUGAAGAAUUGGAAGACGACUUCUCUGAGUUCCUGAGGACAUUCCCAUUCCAACUGGAUGCUUAAAGACAAUAAUGCUACAUCAAACAGAGUGAAAUGAUACUAUGUUUUGGCCACGUAGACUGUUGAAGCUACCUUCGCUGGAAGAGACUUGGGGAAGAAUUUCCAAAAAUCUAAUUCAAAGCCUAGGGUGUUUCUUAUAUUGCAGGCUGUCUCUGGAUAUAUGGGAACAUGAGGGGAAAGUGUGCAAUAAAUUGAAUGCCUCUCACAUUGCUGUGGGAAGCUUUAUCAUACAUAGCACAUCUGUGUGGCAUCUUGGAAAGAUGUCUCCAUUUUGGAAAACAAAUGGACAAUCUUUGCAAUGAGUAACAUCCAUCUUACCUCUGAAGGAAAGAUGGCACAGAGUGGGCUUCUCAUUUACAGUAAAGUGAAUAAAACUAAUGAGCAAAAUGUAAGGAUGUUUAGGGAAUGGUUCAGAAAAUAAUAGAAUGCCUUCAUUAAAUGAAUGGUGUUGUCUCACCUGGAACACACUGUUCAGCCAUGUUCAAAAGGGAUAAAAUAGGCAAAAGAGGAAAAAACAUUUUAAAGCCUUAAAAUAGUAAAAACAAGUAGCGUUAAUUCUGCUGCUUAAAAUUGUUUACCUUGCAGAUGAUAAAGCGAAUCAGAAGCUUCUGUUUAUCUUUUCGUAAUUUACUAGAGUCUUGUUCUUAAAUUAAAAGUCAAUGCGUUGAAAGCUGA